GCAUGGGCGACCUGAAGACGCUGAGCCACAACAGCUACUCGCUGGACCGGCGGGGGCUGGUGACGCCGCUGUCCUCGCGGGGCUACUACGACCACGCCGACAACAACAACAAGUACAACAGCCUCACCAAGCUCCACAACAACAAGAACAUCUCCAUGAACAACAAGAACAGCAGCUACAUCAGCCACAACAGCAGCAUGAGCAGCAGCAGCGGGAGCAACACGAGCGCCAUCAACAACAACAUGAACACGAGCGGCAGCAGCCACAACAGCAGCAACAACAACAACAGCCCCCCGUCGUACCCGCCGCCGCCGCCGCGGCCGCCGUCGCACCAGUCCACGUGCAGCAACAUCGAGGACGGCCAGCCGCACCACCACCGCCUGUCGGCCUACGACAACCGCCUGUCCAGCGCCUACGACAACGCCGCCGCCAUCGCCUACAGCCGCGCCAACGGCUACUCGUCCAGCAGCACGGACCUGCCGCGCUACGACAGCCUCAAGAACCUCUCGAGCGAGUACCACCACCAGUACCAGUACCACAGCCACCACCACCACCACGCGGCCGGCCCCGGCGGCGGCAGCGGCGGCGGCCUGCACCAGCGCAUGGGCGGCUCCGUGACCAACCUGUCGCGCAUGGGCGGCGGCCACCACACGGGCUCCGUGCAGGGCCUGGACCGCUCGGGCUCCACCGUGGCCCUGGACCGCUCGGCGUCCGUGAUGGGCUCCAACCUGGACCGCUCGGGCUCCGUGAGCGGCUCCAACCUGGGCCUGGACCGGUCCGUGUCCGUGACGGGCUCCAACCCCGGCCUCGACCGCACCAUCUGCGGCUCCGUGGCGGGCUCCAUCAGCGAGCUCACCCUCGACGAGCACCACCAGACGCCCUCGCCCUCCGACUCCGGCGUGGCGGAACUCGAGGCCAUGCUCAAGGAGAAGGACUCCGAGAUCAACACGCUCCGCGAGACCAUGGAGCAGAACGAGCAGGUGAUAUUCAAGGUGUAUGAGGAGAAGGAAAAGACGUGGGAGAGAGAGCUGAAGAAGAUCAGAGACUUGUACGACUCCCGCCUGAAGGCAGCGCAGCAGAAGGCCCUCAAGGUGGAACAGCAACUUACCACCCAAACAUACCAGCUACAGCAGGAGCGCAGGAAGCUGAUGGCAGAGCUGGAGGAGGUGCGCCGGGAGAGAGACGGCCACCAGAGUCAGACGGAGCAGUUGCGGAGAGAGCUCAGUACUCUGAGGACCCAACUAGAGGAGACAGAGUGGAACCUUUGUCAGAAGUCAGGGGAAAUCUCCUUGCUGAAAACCCAGCUGAAGGAUUCCCAGGGCGACCAGACAACGCGCGGCCACGAGCUGCUGCACCUGAGAGCCCAGGUGAGACAGUACCAGAACGAGGUGGAGCGGAGACGUUCUGAAAUCAAUUCGCUGCACGACCUCAUGGGUCAGCAGCGCCGUGAAUCUGGCGACCUGCGCCUGCAGCUGGACCAGGCGCAGCAGCAGCGCUCCCAGGCGAGAGCACACGACCAGGACCUGCUCCUCCAGGUGGACAAGUACAAGUCUGAGGUCGAAGGCAUGAAGCGGGAGAAUGAGCUGCAGAGACAGCAGUUUGAGGAAGAGCGCAAGAAGUGGACAGAGGAGAAGGAGCGAGUCAUACGCUACCAGAAGCAGCUACACCAUAACUAUGUGGCCAUGUUGGGCCGCAACCGCCAGCUGGAGGAGGAGGUGGCUAGGUUGACAGGGGUACCGCUGCCCCCCUUGAAGAACCUCAGCCCACCAAAACUGCCAGCCGUGUAUGCUGACAUCCGGGAUGCCCCGACAUCCCCACAAAUCUCCAGUGAGUCUCGAUGCUGACGAGGAACUCGCAUUGUGUGUCAUGCUGGUCAUGUGUACAGUCACAAGGAUAUAAAGUGUAUAAGAAAUGUACAGUCUCAGUGAUGUGUGUAUAAAUAUCAUGGAAAAUAUUUUAAGGAACAAUGGAGGCAUCCAUUUAGAAGUCUUACUUAGAUCAGAUCUGGUGCAAAGAGAAAACAGGAAGAUGUGAUUUGAACAGGACCUGUGUAAUUCAGGAAAGAAAUGUACCGUCAAUACUAAAAAUCAGAUAUUGCCUGGAUUGUCUGUCCUUCCCUGGGAGUGGUACCUUACUGUAAAAAAUAUAUUUUUCUCGUAUUCUUUGUUGGACAAGGACAUAGAAGGUGUCAGCUCUCCAGUGUUGGUCAUAGACGCUUCUGCAAGUGAACUGAUGAGUAGACGAACAGGAGGUCGCAAGAAAUGUAGCAUUGUCAUGUGCUGAUGUUCUGGCCUCUCUACCAUGAAGCCUCAGGAUGUGUGCGUGUAUCAGAAAUUGUACAUGUUAUAUAUAUUUAUAAAUAUAUAUAGAUUUCUAUUCUGUCUUCCUGAUAUUUUUAAUGUUACAGACUGCAGUGCCCAUUUUCAUAUCUCAUCGAGGUCCGAGAAAAAGGGGCAAAAAGACUCGCUGUUUGAUUUAAGAGAUUUAUAUAUAGAUACAAAGCAAGAUGGAAGAUGUUUGUAAUUUUUGUAUAGAAAUUUUUUUUAUUAAUUGUAAGAAUUUCUAAGCUAGGAAUACACAGUUUUAGUUUCUAGCCAAAGGUUAUAUUUAGUUGGAAUGUUACACUCAAAUUUUAAAGUUAAGGUUCAGUUGAUAUAGUUAACUGUUUUUACUGUGUACCUUUUCAGUCAUAAUCAUCCGGUUUUAUAGCUUUGAUCUAACUACUAUAGUUUCCAGUUAUUUAUUGCGUAUGAUUUUUUUGUGUGGAAAAUUUGUAUUACUAUAUUGGGCCUUUCAGGGGUUAGAUACUUCUAUAAAGGUAUUGUAUUGUAGUCCGAAGUUCCUUCUUUAGUCAAUACAAGAGUAAGCAGGUAAAUUGGUAACAGGAUGACAAAGACAACACUGUUUUACGAGAAAUUCAAACAGAUUCAUGUGUUCAUUUUAUCGGAGAAGUAUUGUGUUUUAUACUUGUCUGAGAUUGACUCAUUCCAAAAUAUUUUGGAACCCUUUUCUUUCCUAACCGAUUGAAAACUUGUCUUUGUGAAAUGUUGAAUCUACCUGCGAUGUAUUUUCAUAUUUUAUCUCCCUUUUAUUCAGUUUAAGGGGAAGCCCAUACUUCCCAAAAUGUGUGGAAUGACUUGUACCUUCCCACUCUACUUCUGCCGAUUCAUAUUCAGUUUUGUUUUUUACGUGCUCAUCAACCUUAAGCUGGACGUGGAUUUGCCUUUCUUACAUUUUUCUUUCGUGUACAUACAUUUUUAUGGUGAUUUUCUUGUCAUGACUUUUUUUCUUUUUUUGUGUUUUCUUGUCCAAUAUAAUGUUUGUUGCAUUUGCUGGUGGUUUUGAAACACUGAUUGACCAUCAGGGUUAUAAUUGUCAAAAGGAACAAAUGUCUACCAGUUAUGAGCUGAACGUUGUUAUAUUGAACAAGAACUCUAAUAUACACAUAUAUAUCAACUUGAUGCUCAAUAAUGUAGUAGCACUUUGGUUCUGGAGAGGACACAAUAUAUUUCAUAUAAUUAUAGAUAAAUAAAAGAAAAAAAUAUAUGUCAGGUGUGGAUUGAGAGAACUUUUGUGUAUUGAAACAUCCCAUUUGUUGUUCUCGGGUAAUGCCUUACCUGUCUCAGUUCCCGGAUGUACCACAUAGGAAAAGUUUCUCUGCUCGCUCAGUUACAUUGACACCUGAAAUCUGAGGGAAGUGUGAAGAAGCUAGCACAAAUAAAUGAGGAAUAUAUUAAGA